GGAAAGCCCAAUUCCAAUCCUCGCCUCCUUUCCAUGGUAGAUAUUGGAUAACAUUGUGGAAGCUCUUCACCUCUUCCUACCAUUUCCCGAAACCCCUUCCAUCCCCCGACUAAAACCCCUGACCUUCUGUCCUCUCAUGGCCGAGAAGCUCUCCUUCUCCAUCCCUCUCCGCGUCCCAACUCCCCCUCCCUCCAAAACGCCCUUCCAAGACCUCCCCGCCCCCUCUCCUCCUCCUCCCCCCUCCCCUGCCCGUUCUCCCCUCACCCCUCUCCUCCAAGACCUCCUUCCCCACCCUUCCAGCCCCAAAGACGCCGCCUUUCCCACUUCAUCCGCCCCCCGCUCCCUCCGCCGUCGGCGGCCUCCGCCCACCUCCCGGAAGCCCCGCCUCGGAAGGUCCCACGACCCCAACCGCGGCAAGCCCUGGGCCGUCGACCCCUGCGUCUCCCUCCGCGGCCACCAUGCCCUCUACUCGCUCCUUCGCUCCUCCGACGACCCCCGGGAUCUUGAUGAAAUCCUCCGACCCUUGGCCCCCUCCUCCGACCCCGACGCCGGCGGCGGCGUCGUCGUCGAGUCUCUCCUCACCGACCUCCUCGGCAUCAUCGAAGGCCUGGCGUUCCACAAGAAGUGGGAAACCGCAAUCGAAGUCUUCAACUGGGCCCGCCGCACCCACGGCGACGCGCGGCUCUUCUCCGGCGGCAGCGGCCCUGUCGUACCCGUUGUCAUCAGUAUCCUCGGCCGAGAGGGCCGCCUUUCGGACGCCGCCGCCCUACUCCGAGCCCUCCAAGACCUGGGCUGCCCUGCUGAUGUCUACACCUAUACCUCUUUGAUCACUGGGUAUGCCCGAAAUAGGAGGUUCCGGGAGGCGGUUUUGGUGUUCCGGAGGAUGGAGGAAGAAGGCUGCAAGCCAACCCUCAUCACCUACAAUGUAGUUCUUAAUGUCUACAGUAAGCUCUUCAUGCCGUGGAGCAAGGUCGUGGCCCUUGUCGAUGCCAUGAAGAAAGAUGGGAUUUUUCCUGACCGAUACACAUAUAACACUCUCAUCAGCUGCUGCCGCCGUGGCUCGCUGUAUGAGGAGGCCGCUGAUAUCUUCACUGAGAUGAAGUCGAUGGGUUUUGCGCCUGAUAAGGUGACUUACAACGUGUUGCUUGAUGUUUAUGGGAAGUCUCAAAGGCAUGAGGAGGCAAUGGAUGUUCUUCGGGAGAUGGAAGCAAAUGGCUUCCCUCCGAGCAUCGUAACCUACAAUUCGUUGAUAUCAUCUUAUGCAAAGCAUGGGGUUUUGGAUGAGGCAAUGGAACUCAAGGAGCAGAUGGAGGCAAAGGGAAUCAAACCUGAUGUUAUUACUUACACCACUCUGUUAUCAGGGUUUGAGAAGGCAGGAAAGGAUGAAUUUGCCAUGAGGAUUUAUGAAGAGAUGGAGAGCAAAGGGUGCAAACCGAAUCUGUGCACCUUCAAUGCUUUGAUCAAGAUGCAUGGCAAUCGGAGAAAGUUUGAGGAGAUGAUGAGAGUCUUUGAGGAACUUAGGUCUCGUGGCUUCUCACCAGAUAUAGUCACUUGGAACUCACUGCUGGCUGUGUUUGGUCAGAAUGGGAUGGAGUCUGAGGUUUCAGGAGUGUUCAAGGAGAUGAAGAGAGCUGGUUUUGUACCUGAGAGGGACACAUAUAAUACCUUGAUCAGUGCCUAUAGCCGAUGCGGCUCAUUUGACCAAGCUAUGGAAAUAUAUAAGAGGAUGCUUGCUGCUGGCAUUGGGCCAGAUCUUUCCACUUACAAUGCUGUAUUGGCUGCAUUGGCUCGUGGAGGACUUUGGGAACAAGCAGAGAAGAUACUCUCUGAGAUGAAGGAUGGACGUUGUAAGCCCAAUGAGCUCACUUACUGCUCAUUGCUGCAUGCUUAUGCCAAUGCAAAGAAAUUGGAUCGAAUGCAUGCUCUGUCAGAAGAUAUAUAUGCCAGGAAAAUAGAGCCACACAACAUGCUUUUGAAAACACUUGUGUUAGUCAACAGCAAGAGUGAUCUCCUAGCUGAAACAGAACGGGCUUUCUUGGAGCUGAGAAAAAGAGGUUGUUCCCCUGACAUAACUACUUUAAAUGCAAUGGUAUCUAUCUAUGGUAGGAGGCAAAUUGUUGUGAAAGUAGAUGAGAUAAUGAAAUUCAUGAGGGCAGGUGGUUUUACACCCUCCUUGACUACAUACAAUUGCCUGAUCAAUAUGUAUAGUCGGUUAAGAGACUCUGAGAGAUGUGAAAGGAUUCUUAGGGAAAUCAGGUUGAAAGGUGGGUGUCCUGAUCUUUAUUCGUAUAACACCGUCAUUUAUGCCUAUGGCAAGCAGGGUCGUAUGAAAGAUGCCUCAAGGAUAUUCUCAGAGCUGCAGGCUUCAGGUCUAAGGCCUGAUAUUGUAACCUAUAAUACUUUUGUUGCAAGUUAUGUAGCAAAUUCUAUGUUCGUAGAAGCUAUUGAUGUAGUUCGCUAUAUGAUCAAGCAUGGCUGCAAGCCACAUGAGAGCACAUACAACUCCGUAGUAGAUGGGUAUUGUAAGCAAGGGAGGAAGGAUGAAGCAAACUCAUUCAUAUGUAACCUUCAGCAGCUCAAUCCUGGCAUUUCUGAGGAUGAACAGCAUAGGUUAUUGGAACGAUUGUCUAAAAACUUUUCUUGAUUUUUGAUGAAGUUGGAAUGAGAAUAGAUGCACAUUCAAUAGAAUAGUUGAUGUGUGCCUUAAGAUGGGCAAAAGGAUGGAAUGGCUUUACUUAUCCAUCACUCUCAACAGCUAGGUCCCAGCAAGUUUGAGGAUGGAGAUUACGGAUUAUCUAAGCAUAUAGGAGGACUGCAGGAGCCACUUGGAAGUUGAGUCAAGGAUGCGCCCUGAAGCUUUUAAAGCAUUGGAUCGAUAUGCAAAUUUAAACCAACGAGGGAUUAAUCCACAAGCAAAGAAGAUUUCAUGGAAUAAUAUGCAAGAAUAUGCUGAACUUUUUAUGCUGGCUUGCAUCCAUAUUUAUGAUCAGGUUGAACUUUCAAAUUAUUUGUGUGUUCAAGGUUAAAUUGACACAUUAUGCUUUCAAAGGAUGCAUGUUGGGCAUGCCUAUCAUCGAGUGGAGGCUUCAGUGGGCUGAGUGUGCUAGUAUGCUGUAGAGCAUUCAGGAGCGGCUUGAGGGUUGGCAGGCUACAUCUUUAUCUAUGAUGGUCAGGUUGAUUCUGGUGAGCUCUGUCCUCAACUCUAUGCCAGUCUAUCUUAGGUCCCACACUAUUUUGCUGAGAUUCUCUCUUAUGAAGUUUAAGUAGAUGUUUCGAAAUUUCUUGUAGGGUUCGCAUAGUGGUGGGGGCGGGGUACAUCUAGUUGCUUGGGGCUUAAUCUACCAAUCGUUGUGAGAAGGCGGACUAGGCAUCCAAUCCUUGCUGGUCAGGAGAGAGGCCUUGAUAGCUAGGUAUGCUGCGAGGUAUUUGCUUGAGACUAAUAGCCUCUGAAAUUCUCUGAUGAGGACUAAGUGCGGCCCAUGGAUUUCAGCUGUUGAGAUUCAGGUUGGUUGGAGUAGCUCCUUUAUUUGAAGGAAGAUCUGCACACAUGCCUCGACAAUGAUGGCCAACAUGAGAUAGCUGAUUGGGGACGGGCAUAGUGUGAAUGGAAUGAGGGACACUUGGGUGGAUGAUCUUCCUUUGAGGUAGUGGUUGACCACAGUCAACACCAAGAUGGAGGAUAGCAUGCAGGUUUGUGCACGAUUUUUGUCCAGAGAGAGGUGGUGGAACACUAGCUUGGUUGUCCAGCUGCUUGGGGAGCAGUUAGCUGAGAGGAUGUGGUCCCUUGCUAUCCUAGACACAGUGUUCCCGAUGUGAGGGUCUAGAGAUCUACUUGCAGUCAAGGGUGAGGGCCAGGGAUCUUUAUGACCUCUUUAGAGGAGAGCCUACACAGAGGCGAGAUUGUGCUUGGAUUUGGAGGCUUGGUGUCCGCCCGAGAGUAGCCCUGUUUAUCUGGAAGGUAACUUGGGGUCGCCUUUCGACCAGGGAUAUUCUGAGUAAACGAAGAUUGAGCAUCCUGCUAGCCUGCCCCUGCUGCGAGUAGAGGAAUCUAUUGACCAUGUCCUCUUCCAUUGUGGGAGAGCAGUGCGGGUGUGGAGACUAACUGGCAUCCCUUAGAAGGUGCUUCAGUCGGCAACCCCAGUUGAUACCUUUCUGGUGUACCUGAGGACUAGCUCUAACAGGUCGCCCUCCAGAUCUAUCACCAUUAUAGUUGCCUAUCAUAUCUGGUUGGAUAAGAAUGCCUGAACUUUUGGGGAUAGCAAUUAACCGCCCAGAUCACCCAUUCCUAUAUUGUUCGAGAAUCUUUGAUAGCUCGGGGCACCUGGGACUCUUCUUUAGCUCUUGCAGCGAUGCAGACGACGUUCAUCAUUUGGGAGUCCCCAUCCUUAAGUUUCCUCAAGGUCAACUUUGAUGGCUAUGUGAUAGACGACGACAGUAGAAGCAAAGUAGGAUUUGUGAUCAGAGGCUCGAACUCUAGAUUCAUAGCAGUUGGCAGAAGUCCGAUCUUCGAUACCUCAGCCCUGUGGGCAGCUUAGGUAGGCGUUAGUUAUACAUGGCACUCUCUAAGAGCUGACUUCAUCUUGGUUGAGGGUGACUUUGCUAUGGCAAUUGGAUUGAUCCAGGGGCAGGUGAGGGGGUGGGUACACACCCCUUGUUGUAGGAUUUUUGAGUCUGGCAAGAGUGGGCGGCUUCUUUGUUGCAAGGCACAUCUACCAUGAGGCAAACGGGGCUACGAACUGGGUGGCCUCCUUCAUGGGUGACCACUUAGAUGGUGUGCUAUGGACUGACUUGACGCUUGCUCCGAGGGCCUUUCGAGGCACGUUACUUUCUGACUUUUUUGGAUGUAUUUAUUACUAGAACAAUAUGAAUCCCCCGUCUUAGCAAAAAAAAAGGGGAUGCAUGAUGUGCUUGCUCUUGGCUGGAGACUGAGGUUUAAGCUUAAAGAGCUGGAGAUUGAGGAGCUCUUUUUCAUGUUUCUACUUGAGGGUGGUUGGAUAGAACAUUUGUGUAGAUUAAUAGGUGCAUUGUUGAGAAGUUCCUUCUCUAGAAAUUGAGAUACAAUUCAUCUCUCUUGGCUGUGGGCUCUUUAUAGAACUCUAAAUAUAUUUUGAUUUCAAAGCAAAUGAUUUUCUUUAACCAAUAUGGCUUUCCUUGUUUAUAAGUUGAGAGAACUUAUUGUUUACUUUUCAUUGUAAUUCCACAUUGGAGAUCUGGAGUGACAGUUCGAGAAAUUUGAGGUGGAAUGAGUGAUUCCACGUUGCAUAAAAUGCCAAUUCUUUGGUUUGGCUGAAUUGUUAUGUAGCUUUUCUCUCUCAUACAUUGAAAGAGCCAAAAAAAAAAGGUAAUCAUUCUACAUUAAUUAUAUGAUAGUAUUGGUUCAUGGAAAUAAGCUAAUGACUUCAAUUUAGUAUUCAGUAAUGGGCAUGAUAAUAGUACAGUAGACAAAUAUGGAAGUCCUUUUUCAGACACUAGCUAUUUCACUCUCUCGGAGUAGGUGAUUUUUUUUUCUCUCCUAAUUACUUGUUAAGUGUUAUAUGCGUUCAAAUAUUAUCUGCAUUUGUUUCUCCCUAAUUUGUGAAACAAUCUGUUACUUUCAGUUCAUAUUUUCUUGACUAUAAAGUAAACUUGACACGGCGAGCAUUAUCCCUAGCAUUAUGUGACUCGAGCUUCUACUGGACAGUCUCAUUGUACAUCUGAGAUUCUGGACAUUAAAAUGGAUUAAGUGUGGAAUAAUUGAUUUAUUUCUAAGCAUACAUAUGAAUUUGCUGUAAUGUAUAAGAGUUUGCUUUCAGUCUUGUAGUAGCUGUAUAUUGAUUUCUUGAUUCUUCA